AGCCUGGGAGGAGGGAGGGGAAUGGAUAUUUUCUGUGUGAGCUGCCGGAGCUCCUUCAGCCUGCUCCUCACCACCUGUCCUUGACUUCCUGAGCUCCGACGAGACCGAGAGGAAGCUGUGCUGCUCACUCCUCCCUCUGCUUUCUCCCCGUCUGUGUUCAUGUGAGCAGCUACAUUUAAAAAAAAUAUUUCACUCUGUUUCUUUCUACCUGUGGUGCUUCAGUGGAGUGGCGGGGAGAGAGAGGAACGUCUGUCCUCGGCCGGUGGAGCUCUGAUGGGAGGCGCUGCUGGCUCUGGCUGGGACUGGGGAUGCUGACCGGGGGGAGGGAGGGCCUGUUUGAGCUGGGACAGCAGCUCCAGCAGCAGGGAGAGUCUCAGGCUGCCCUCCACUGCUUCCUCAGCUGCCUGUUGGGACUGACCCAUGUGCAGAGCUUCAACUCUCUGCCCAACUGCCUACACCAGAUCGCAGAACUCUUCAUCACUGAAAAGAACUAUGAGAAGGCCCUGCAGUUCAUCCAGGCGGAGAAAAUGUUCUAUGAGGUGGCAUUGAUCGAGCUCACGGCUCUUCAGGGGAGCACAGGGCCUCAGGAGGAGGCUACACUGGGCUCUGCAGGAUGGACGACCCCAGAGGAGCUGUCGGAGCAGGCCUCCCAGGCUCAGCACCUCGAACGGCUGGCCCAGCUCUGCAUCAUGAGCAAACAACCUCAUCUCGCUUUAGAAUACAGCGGUAAGGCUGCAAAGAUCCACCAGAGGGCUUUUGGUAAUGACCACCCCAUUACAGCCAGGAGCCUGGAGCUAAUGGCCACCGUCUAUGCAGAAAUCGGCAAGACUGAAUAUUCAGACUCCCUGGGUCAGUGUGUGUCUGCACUGUCCAAACGCUUCGCUGCUGCAGAGUCCAUCAGAGACACCGUCAACUGUACUCCUCAUUCCCACCGGGAGAAACACUCAGAGGUCCGCCAGAGGAAGGACACGCACCACCAACAGGAGGACGCACCGACACUUAAGGUCACCAAUGGCAAAGUGCCCACCUCCAUUCUAAAGAGGCCGUGUCCCAGCUACGGGUCAGACACUGAACCAAACCACAGACGGAAAGGCGAGCGGAGGGUCCGAUUCAGGGAGCCAGAGACCACAGUACAUGCCUAUGAGACGACAGCGUCCCGCCCCCACCUCGCCCUGUUCACCUGCCUCUUCCUGCUGAUGUCCUGCCUGGGCGUGGCCAUGUACUGCACAGACCGCCGGCGCCCUCAGAGAGUGUGUGAGGAGCUGGAGGCCGUGCUGGCUGUCUACCUGCUGCACAUGAAGCAGCUGCUGUGGGGCUGCUGGAUAUGGCUGACUAUGCAGUGACUGAGACCGACCACAGGUGGCGACAUCGAGCCCCCUUUAAUUUUUUCAGACCCUCUUUUUUCCUAUCUCUGAAGGAGCCCGGGCCUACAAACACCUCAGCCUUUUUUUGCAAGGCUCUGAACGCUGUCAGUGACAAAGGGGGAAAAUGUAAUCCCAGAAAUAUGUAGCUUCCAUGUCUGUAUGUACAUAUGUGCUAAGGUGGUGGGCACGCCACUCCUUAUUUAGCAUAUGGUUUUGAACAUCUGCAAUGUUGAUGCUCACAUAUACAGUCACCCAAAACCAUUCGAUCUCUCAGUUUGAGUCACAGUCUAUUAUAGGUGAGUGAAUGUUUCCAUGGAAUGCACAUUUGUAUUUUGUUACAAUACACCAUAUUUGUAUAUCAGAUAUAACACAGAACUGAAUGUGUGUAUAUAUGGAUCAAUAUACUAAGGACUAUCACAUUAUUCAGCCUUGUAAUUGCACAUAAAAGAAUGUAGACAUGUUUGGAAACAGCUUUGAGUGGCACUUUUGCAGGAGGACGAGGAUGGACACAGAUGUGUGAACUGUUGGAUAAUGAUCUGUGAGAAUGGAACACAGGGCUUCAUCAUUUCACAGCACCAGGUUGAAUGUCUAAUAGAGGGAAAACGCCUCCUUUACAGACUGUCUGCUGUCCUGUAUGACUGACUGUCUUCAGCUCCACUGAAGAGAAAAUCUGCAGCACAAUGUUAUGAUUCUCUCUCCUUAUCUAUCGUUGAAGAGAGUAUACUCAAACUGAAUGAAUAAUAAUGCUUUUAACAGUGUUCCUCUUUAUAACCGCUUUAAUCCAACAAAUUACCCUUGAUCCUAAAUGUUAUUUAUUCUUCUAUACUGUAUAUCUGCAUCUACACUUAUAUCCAACUUUCAAUAAUCUUUACUUUUUUUUACUUUUUGUUACCUAUUGCAUUUCUAUUUAAAACACUGGUAUUCAGGUUUUAACCGUGAUGUCAAAUGCUCACCAAGCUUUGGAGAAAUACAUGGUUAGACACAUGUUUUCAAAACAUUUAAAAUCAAUAUAUUUAAUUUCUUUAAUACUAAUAAGAGGCUAAACACAGAAAUAUAGCAGAAUCAGAUUCUGUAUGUUAUUGUCCCCAAAUUCAAGCCACACAAGCCACAUGAUAGAAGGGCACAGUGAUGCACAUCAGACCUCAUUAUGAGCAAUAACACACAUCUCACAGUUUCCAGUAAAACAUGUCGCUUUAUAUAACAGGUUUCAGGGUUUGGAAGAAAAGCAUCGGAUUUUGGAGGUUUCACAUUUGAAUGUCAAAGCAAUAUUAGGCUAAUAACGCCUGUAUAGAAGAAACAAACACUCUCAACUCCGUACUGUCAGACUCAAUUGUCAAUAGCAAUAAAAUAGGCUAUCCAGUAAACACAUGUCCUGCAUAUGCACAUUUAGCUUAGAAGCAGCAUUUCAUGGCUGUCUACAUGUUUAUGGUCACUUUGAAAGAAGUGCCUUUAUGGAGGGUUUUCUUGGUUCCUACCGUUUUAUGAUUUCACUUGUUUUGAAUAAAACUGUCAUUGCCUAUCAAGGUCAA